AGUCCCCUCUCAAAGAAGGUUGCAGAUGGUACUAAAUCCCGAAAGCUGAAGACCACCCACCUGUUGCGCAUCGAUGAGCAUGACUUCACCAUGAGGCCUGCAUUUGGAGGCCCUGCCGUCCCUGUUGGUGUGGAUGUUCAAGUGGAGAGUUUGGACAGUAUAUCAGAGGUGGACAUGGACUUCACCAUGACUCUGUAUUUGAGGCACUACUGGAAAGAUGAGAGGUUGGCCUUCCCUAGUGCUACCAACAAGAGCAUGACCUUUGAUGGUCGCCUGGUGAAAAAAAUAUGGGUGCCUGAUGUGUUCUUUGUCCAUUCCAAGAGGUCCUUUAUCCAUGAUACCACAACUGACAACAUAAUGUUGAGAGUCUUCCCCGAUGGUCAUGUUCUGUACAGCCUGAGGGUUACAGUCACAGCUGCAUGCAACAUGGAUUUCAGUCGUUUCCCGCUGGACUCACAAACAUGCACCCUGGAGUUGGAGAGCUAUGCUUACACUGACGAGGACCUGAUGCUGUAUUGGAAAAGUGGAGAUGAGUCCCUCAGCACAGAUGACAGAAUUUCUCUGUCUCAGUUCCUCAUUCAGAAGUUUCACACCACCUCAAGACUGGCGUUCUACAGCAGCACAGGCUGGUACAACCGUCUGUACAUCAACUUCACUCUGCGGCGGCACAUCUUCUUCUUCCUGCUGCAGACCUACUUCCCCGCCACUCUGAUGGUCAUGCUGUCCUGGGUAUCCUUCUGGAUCGACCGCCGGGCUGUCCCCGCCAGAGUCUCAUUAGGAAUAACCACAGUGCUCACAAUGUCCACCAUCAUCACUGGAGUAAACGCCUCCAUGCCCAGGGUCUCAUACAUCAAAGCUGUGGACAUUUACCUCUGGGUCAGUUUUGUCUUCGUCUUCCUCUCCGUGCUGGAAUAUGCAGCUGUCAACUACCUGACAACCGUCAGAGACGGGAAAGAUCGCAAGCUCAGGGAAAGAAUGAGGCAACAGUCACAAACCCUCUCCUGCACCUGUGACAUGCCCCACACCAAGACCAUGAUGAUGGAUGGAACGUACAGUGAGGCGGACGUGAACAGCUUGGCGGGCUACACCAGAGGCUCCAUGGCGGCGGAUGAUUCCUCAGACAAACAGGAGAGGAUGGUGGUACAUCUUGCUCUGGACAACGAGUCCACGGGGACCAAGAAGAAGGGCAUUCGGGGCUUCCGGAUUAUCCAAAAUACCCACACGAUUGACACUUACUCUCGCAUGAUAUUUCCAGGCGCCUACAUCUUGUUCAACCUGAUCUACUGGUGUGUGUACUGCUGAGUGUGCAUUUUUGCCUUAUUUAUUUGAUUUUAGAACAUUGGUCUCCAUUCGUUAUACUGCGCUGGAGUUCAUGAUCACAUUUGGACUGGAUUGGAAGUAGGAGAGGCUCUUGUCAAAGUAUGGAAAAUACCCCCAAUCUGUCAACCAUGCAUCAGUCAUACUUCAACACCCUCUCUUUGCUCGACACUCUCCCAUGCAGCUGUCAGCUCUACAGAAACAGACUGACUAUAAAAGGAAGUGAGCUGGUCAUCACACCCUGUGUUAACAGCCACAUCACUUCUGGAGUUCCACCAUUUACCGAAGUGAUUGACAUCAGAUGUCAUGGUUUGUUGCUAACCACCUGUUUUUGCAUCAUGUUGUGUGUUUUUGUGCGUUAAAUAUUGAAGUAGUACUGGAUAAGUGAAUCUCCAUUCACACCUGAAUAGAAGCCUGGAGCCAUUUAUCUCAGGUAUGAGGCAAAGUGGGACAGUCACAGUGAGGUGGUAUGUUUAAAGCUUAAUGUCUGGAAUCUUGACUGCGUCUCUCGUCAUAGCAAACAUUUCAGUUUGUUACGGAGGAGGGAGGAAAUGUAUUAUUUGUAAUAUUAUUGUUAUAUUCUACUUGCACAAGCUUGUUGUUAUGGUUUCUUGGGUUACUGAAUAGAACUGAAGCAUAGGCAUAAUGAAAUCACUUCCUCUUGUGUUUAUCAACUCAUGGUGUGUCAAAAUGUCUUCCAUGAGUUUCAUUUUCUCCAUGCAGUUCUUGGUGAUCAGCCGGUUAAGUGUGAUGCUUUUUGCUGCAUGUGAGCAUCCCACCGUUAGCCGUCAGUAAGUGAGCUGUACAGCUCUAUAAACAGAAUCUAUGCUGCCAUUUUCCAUCAUUUAUGAUCUCCCAAUUGUUCUCUCGCCUGCAAAAUCAGGUUAUUAGCAGGAUUUAUUUACACAUUUCUCCAUUUAUUUUGAAAUGGAGAAAUGAGGUGAUAACUCACGGACGGGCAGCAAAAAGGAUCAUGGACAAAACACCACUGUACAGGGGUUAUUUUGUGCAUUUAUCGUUCAGACCACACCAAGAACAGUGUUAUUCUUUCUAUCUGUGGGAAUGCAACUUUUUUAUGCUUAUGGAAAUGAUUGAUGUUGUUGUGGUUAUCUGAAAAACACAACUAUGAAUUAAAGGAGGA